UUGUGGAAAAUGAAGAAAGGAUUGCACCCUCAGAUGCAAUGGAUAUCUUACGUGACCCAGAGUGGUCGAUUGAUAAAUGUUAUGAUGACAAAAAUACAUAGUGUUGAUAAAGUUUAUCACUUGAGGGCGAAACGCCAAAUGGCUGCAAGUUUAGGACAGAUUGCUAAGUUUAACCGUCGUUAUGGGCUGGAGAAGCCAGAGAACACAGAGAACAAUGAGAAAUGAACUAAGGAUGCCAAGGAAGAUUGGGUAUCUGUUGUUAGAUUUAAAUAUUUAUGUUGUGGAAUAAAUGUGAGUGUCAUUAGUGAAAUGAAGCGAAUUUGUUUUGCUUUUUACAAAUGGUUGAAUUUUAGAACAGUUCUGUUUUGAUAAAAUAGUGGUUACGGAGUUGUUUGAGUGUUUCCACCAUUCUUUUGAGGCUUUGUGGCUAUAACAUAGCAUGCAACAGUUCUUAUUCUCAGAUAUCCGUUCCUCAUUUUCAGUGUUGCAUACUUAGCAUUUUAUAUAUUGAUUGGAACUUGAAGGUUAAUGUAGUUGAAUAUUAUCCAGUCGUAUAUUCCCAUGAAUUGAUUUAUCAGUGUUGAUGACU